AUGAAUGGCGGCCACCGCAGAGUGCUUGGUGCCCGGAGCCCUGCACUCACAUCCUGCUCCCUGCAGAAGAUGUGUUCCUGGAUGCUGAGUUGUUGCUUAGCCCUUCAGCACCUGGCUGUGCAGGCCUCCUUGCUCUGCAUCUUCCACCUCCUCCUCCUGCCCACCCUGCCCAAGGAGCCGCCCCACGCCCAGGCCACCAGCGAGCUGCUGGCACGCAGCCUCUUUGCCUGCGGCAUCUCCACGGUGCUGCAGACUACCCUGGGGAGCCGGCUGCCGCUGGUUCAAAUCCCAUCCUUCGAGUACCUGGUCCCUGCCAUGGUGCUGAGCUCCCACCUGUCCCUUGGUGCCAGCAUGGACAGGAACGGCACAGCUGUGGCCAGCACAUGUCCCAUGCCGCACUGUGCUGUUGCAGGAAGCUGGACUGCUUCACUGCGAGAGGUCUCUGGAGCCGUGCUGAUUUCAGGGCUGGUUCAGCUGGUGCUGGGAAUGUCCGGCGUGGGUGGGUGGGCAGCCCGGCGCUGUGGGCCUAUGGUCCUGGCCCCCAGCUUCUCCAUCAUUGGGCUGUCUGCAUACAAGGAGGCCACUUUCUUCUGCUCCACUAAUUGGGCGGUAGCUUUGCUGCUCAUGUUCCUCGCUGUCACCUUCUCCCAGCACCUGGGGUCCUGCCGCCUGCCCUUCUGUGCCUGGCCCCAAGCUCGGGGGGGGUCCGCAGAGCUGUCUGUCCCCACCCUGCGCACAUUCUCGGUACUGCUCCCAUUUGCUGGUGUCUGCAUUGUCUGUGCCAUCCUCAGCCACCUCCGCAUCCCCUGGGAAUCGCUGGACCUGGCCGUGGCACAGCUGUCCUGGGCCAACAGCACCUUCCACACCCCUUGGCUCCGCAUCCCCUAUGCAGGCGAGUGGGGAUGGCCACUGCUCACCCCCCGGGCACUGGCAGUCGGCAUCGCCAUGGCCAUUGUUUGCAGCACGAACUCCAUGGGCUGCUAUGUGCUGUGUGGGAGGCUGCUGCGAGCCCCCCGGCUGCCCCCCCACGCCUGCAACCGGGGGCUCUGCACAGAAGGGCUGGGCAGUCUCUUGGCUGGGCUGCUGGGCACCCCAGGGGGCACUGCUGCCAGCAUCGCCAACGCCUGCGCCACCGGCCUCACGCAGCCUGCUCAGUUCAGCCCAUUGCUGGGGCUGAUCCCGCUGGCAGUUCAUGGGGGGGUGCUCUGUGUCACCUACGCCGUGGCUGUGGGCACGGGGAUCUCCUACUUCCAGUACGCAGACAUUGAUUCCGGAAGGAACAUCUUCAUCGUUGGCUUCACCAUGUUCAUGGCACUGCUGGUGCCGCGGUGGCUCAGCAUGGCUCCGGCUCACCUGGCCACAGGCUGGGUGCCCCUGGACCUCCUCUUCCUCUCCCUGCUCAUGGUGCCUGUCUUCUUAACGGGCUUCUUGUCAUUUUUCCUGGAGAACACAGUCUCAGGAACCCCGGAGGAGCGAGGGCUGCUCUCUGACAUGGUGCUGUGGAAAGCUGGGGCAGGUGCUCGCCACCCCUGUGGAGAGAGGGAUGAAGCCAGCCAGGUGUAUGGGCUCCCUGCUGGGCUGAGGAGACUGCUGCCAUCCUCCUGCAAAGCCUUCCCCUGCUGCUUCCUCUGCCCGGGGACCGAGGAGGAGAAGGAGGAGGAGGAAGAGGAGGAGGGCAGCCGUGCCCCUGAGGAGGGGACCACUGCCCCAGAGGAAGGGAUGCACCUGCUCCCCAAACCCAGCUCAGGGGAGCUGCAGCCCUCCAGGAGGCCGAGUGAGAUAGAGAUGUCUGCAUGGCACACGGUGGCCUGA